GUCAAUGCAAACUCUGACAUCAUGCGUGAUCUGGUGCCGGUUUCCUAUAAGAAUCCUCGCAGUGCCACUUCAUUUCAUCCCAACAGCAAACCGUCAAGAAUCGAGCCAUCUACUGAAUCUCAUGUUCCUUCUGUUUCUUUAAGAAGAACAGAAGAGUAAGAUCUCUUAGCUUUGCCGGCUCUGCUUCUCCGGGGGAAAAAAAUAAAUCUCCAGCAACAUCGAUCUCUGCUGCUCGGGGUCGGUGCAGAUCGUUGCAACAUGAGCAUGGAGGGGAUUAUCCCGUUCGUCUGCGGCGCAAUCAAGAAGCGGAGGCUGGCGAAGAAGGCGGUGGACUACGAGCGCCUCUCCUCCGCCGGCGCUCCUCCGACGUCGGGGCAGGAGGGGCGCUUCGCCGGCGGCGCCUACCGUUGCCGGAGUCAGAGCUGCCGGUUCGCCGCGGAUUCGCCUGCCGGCGUGCUCGGUUUCUCCCGCGGCGAGGGUGACCGAGCACUGCCUGAGGGCACCCGGGACGAGCCGCUCCCGCCGGCGGUCGACGACGGGUGGCGCGGCCUGUCCAGGUCCCGGAGGUUCAGCAGCAUGCGCCUGUUUGCGUGCGUCAGAGGCGCGUAG